AUGCCUGGUGGGUACAAAGGGGAGUGUGGGGAUGAUGUGGACCCUAUGCCUUUCCUGGCACCUCCCGAAAAGGAGAGGAUCGAAGCCAUGAACAAGCCCUAUGACAUUAAGAGGUCCUGCUGGGUCAAAGAUGAGAAGGAGGGCUUCGUCGCUGGGGAGAUCCAGUCUGAACAGGGUGACCAAGUCACCGUGAAGACAGUAACCAACCAGACAGUCACUGUGAAGAAGGAUGAUAUCCAGCAGAUGAACCCACCCAAAUUCUACCAGGCCAGCGACAUGGCAGACAUGACAUUCCUGAAUGAGGCCAGCGUUCUAGACAAUCUGCGCCAACGCUAUACCAACAUGAGGAUCUAUACCUACUCAGGUUUGUUCUGCGUGACAGUCAACCCCUACAGGUGGCUGCCCAUCUAUGGAGCCCGUGUGGCCAACAUGUACAAGGGCAAGAAGCGCACAGAGAUGCCACCUCACCUCUUCUCCAUCUCUGACAACGCCUACCACGACAUGCUUAUGGAUCGUGAAAAUCAGUCCAUGCUAAUCACUGGAGAAUCUGGUGCUGGUAAGACUGAAAACACGAAGAAGGUCAUCCAGUACUUUGCCAACAUCGGAGGAACUGGCAAACAGACCACAGAUAAGAAGAAGUCUCUGGAGGAUCAAAUCAUCCAGGCAAACCCCGUGCUGGAGGCUUUCGGAAACGCCAAGACCAUCAGGAACAACAACUCCUCUCGCUUCGGCAAGUUCAUCCGAAUCCACUUCGGAACCACAGGAAAACUGGCUGGAGCUGACAUCGAGAGCUAUCUCUUAGAGAAGUCUCGUGUCAUCUCACAGCAAGCAGCCGAGAGAAGCUACCACAUCUUCUACCAGAUUCUCUCAAACAAGAAGCCUGACCUUGUUGAGAGUUUGCUGCUGGUCCCCAACCCUAAGGAAUACCACUGGGUGAGCCAAGGCGUUACCACAGUGGACAACAUGGAUGACAAGGAGGAGCUGCAGAUCACAGAUGUGACCUUUGAUGUGCUGGGCUUCAGCACCGAGGAGAAGAUGUCCGUGUAUAAGCUGACCGGAGGUAUCAUGCACUUUGGGAAUAUGAAGUUCAAGCAGAAGCCCAGAGAAGAGCAAGCUGAAGUGGACACCACUGAGGUGGCUGACAAAGUCGCCCAUCUCAUGGGUCUCAACUCUGGUGAACUGCAGAAGGGCAUCACCAGGCCCCGGGUCAAAGUAGGCAAUGAGUUUGUGCAAAAAGGCCAGAACAUGGAACAGUGCCAAAACUCCAUUGGGGCUCUGGGCAAGGCUGUCUACGACAAGAUGUUCAAGUGGCUGGUGGCCAGGAUUAACAAGACCUUGGACACCAAGAUGCAGAGGCAGUUCUUCAUCGGCGUGCUGGACAUUGCUGGCUUUGAGAUCUUUGAGUUCAACAGCUUUGAGCAGCUAUGCAUAAACUUCACGAACGAGAAGCUGCAGCAAUUCUUCAACCACCACAUGUUCGUGCUGGAGCAGGAGGAAUACAAGAGGGAAGGCAUCGAGUGGGUCUUCAUCGACUUUGGCCUCGACCUGCAGGCCUGCAUUGACCUCCUGGAAAAGCCCAUGGGCAUCUUCUCCAUCUUGGAGGAACAGUGCGUCUUCCCCAAAGCCACUGAUGCCACAUUCAAGGCAGCCCUGUACGACAACCACCUGGGCAAGUCCAGCAACUUCCUGAAGCCCAAGGGAGGCAAGGGCAAGGGGCCCGAGGCCCACUUCGAGCUCGUUCACUAUGCAGGCACUGUGGGGUAUAACAUCACGGGCUGGCUGGAGAAGAACAAAGACCCCCUGAAUGAAACAGUGGUGGGUUUGUUCCAGAAAUCAACUGUGGCAAUCCUAGCCCUUCUCUUCAAAGAAGAGGAGGCUCCAGCCGGAGGCAAGAAACAGAAGAGAGGCUCCACCUUCAUGACGGUCUCCAACUUCUACAGGGAGCAGCUGAACAAGCUGAUGACCACCCUCCAUAGCACUGCACCCCAUUUUGUCCGCUGCAUUGUGCCCAAUGAGUUUAAGCAGUCGGGUGUGGUAGACGCCCACCUGAUCAUGCACCAGCUAGCUUGCAAUGGUGUCCUGGAAGGCAUCCGUAUCUGCAGGAAGGGCUUCCCAAACAGGCUGCAGUACCCGGAGUUCAAGCAGAGGUACCAAGUGCUGAACCCCAACGUGAUUCCCCAGGGGUUUGUGGACAACAAGAAGGCCUCAGAGCUGCUUCUUGCAGCCAUUGAACUGGAUGUGAAUGAAUACAAAAUUGGACAUACCAAGGUGUUCUUCCGUGCAGGCAUCCUGGCGAAGCUUGAGGACAUGAGGGACGAGCGUCUGGCCAAGAUCAUGACGAUGCUGCAGUGUCGGCUCCGGGGCUUCCUCAUGAGGGUGGAGUUCAAGAAGAUGCUGGAACGAAGAAUGGGCCUGAAAGUCAUUCAGCGGAAUGUGCGCAAGUUCCUGCAGCUUCGUUUCUGGGGAUGGUGGAAGCUGUACAACAAGGUCAAGCCGCUCCUGAAUGUGGCGCGGCAAGAGGAGGAGAUGAAGGCCAAGGAGGAGGAGCUCAGGAGUGCCAUGGCCAAGACCCAGGAGCUGAUAAACAAGGUCAAGGAACUGGAGGAGAAGAUGGCCACACUCAGCCAGGAGAAGAACGACCUCACCAUCCAGCUGCAGGCUGAGCAAGAGAACCUGAUGGAUGCAGAGGAGCGCCUGACACAGUUGAUGAAGACCAAGAUGGAGCUGGAGAGCCAGAUCUCGGACAUGCGGGAGCGGCUGGAGGAAGAGGAGGGCACAGCCGCCUCGCUGAGCGCCGCCAAGCGCAAGCUGGAGGGGGAGUUGAGCGACCUGAAGCGGGACCUGGAGGGCCUGGAAACCACGCUGGCCAAGACAGAGAAGGAGAAGCAGGCCCUGGAUCACAAGGUCCGUACCCUGACUGGGGAUCUCUCACUCCGUGAAGACUCCAUCGCCAAGCUCCAGAAGGAGAAGAGGGCCCUGGAGGAGUUGUACCAGAAAACCCUGGACGACCUGCAGGCUGAGGAGGACAAGGUGAACCACCUGACCAAGAGUAACAGCAAGCUGAACACGCAGAUCCAUGAGCUGGAGGAUAACUGGGAGCAGGAAAAGAAAAUCCGGGCAGAGGUGGAAAAGGCUCGUCGGAAAGCUGAGAGUGACCUGAAGAUGACCAUCGACAACCUCAAUGAGAUGGAGCGUUCCAAGCUGGAUCUUGAGGAGGUGGUGAAAAAGAGAGAUUUGGAAAUAAACUCUGUCAACUCGAAAUAUGAGGAUGAGCAGUCUCUGAAUUCCACGCUGCAGCGGAAACUGAAGGAGCACCAGGCCCGAAUUGAAGAGCUGGAAGAAGAACUAGAAGCCGAGAGGGCCAUGAGAGCCAAGGUGGAGAAACAACGCAGUGAUCUGUCCCGGGACCUCGAAGACCUCAGUGACAGGCUGGAAGAAGCUGGUGGAGCCACAUCUGCUCAGAUUGAGCAGAACCGCAAGAGGGAGGCUGAGCUGCUAAAGCUGCGGCGGGAGCUGGAAGAGGCUGCCCUGCAGAGCGAGGCAACAGCCUCCACGCUGCGCAAGAAGCACAUGGACUCGAUGGCCGAGUUAACGGAGCAUGUGGAGAACCUGCAGAGGGUCAAGUCCAAGCUGGAGAAGGAUAAACAGGUCAUGAAGGCUGAGAUCGAUGACCUCAACGCCAGCGUGGAGACCAUGCAGAAGUCCAAGUUGGCCAAGUCACCAUAUUUAUUGGGUACUUUAGGAGCAAUGCCUUGGGGAACUGAAGGUCUGGCUGGGGAAACUGUUCUUCAUCCAAUAUUUCUUCCAUUCCCUUCCCACCCAGCUGAAAAUAGCGAACUGAGCAGGGAAUAUGAAGAAUCCCAGAGCAGGCUCAAUCAAAUCCUAAGGAUAAAGACAUCUCUGACAUCACAAGUGGAUGAAAGCCCCCACGGGCCCCUGACAGGCUGGUCCCCACAGUCUCGCAGCACCGCCGUGGUGAGCCUGGCCAACACCAAGCAUGACCUGGACCUGCUGAAGGAGCAGCUGGAGGAGGAGCAGGGAGGCAAGUCGGAGCUACAGCGCCUCGUGUCCAAACUCAACACCGAGGUCACCACCUGGAGGACCAAGUAUGAGACCGAUGCCAUCCAGAGGACAGAGGAGCUGGAGGAGACCAAGAGGAAACUGGCCGCCAGACUUCAGGAGGCAGAAGAAGCAGCUGAAACUGCCCAGGCCCGGGCUGCCUCCCUCGAGAAAAAUAAACAGAGACUCCAGGCAGAAGUUGAGGACCUCACCAUCGACUUGGAGAAGGCCAAUGCUGCAGCCGCUGCCCUGGACAAGAAGCAGAGGCUCUUUGACAAGAUGCUGGCCGAGUGGCAGCAGAAGUGUGAGGAGUUGCAGGUGGAAGUGGACAGCUCGCAGAAGGAGUGCCGCAUGUACAUGACAGAGAGCUUCAAGAUCAAGACAGCCUACGAGGAGUCUCUGGAGCAUCUAGAGUCAGUGAAGAAGGAGAAUAAGACCCUGCAGGAGGAGAUAAAGGAUCUCAUUGAUCAGCUGGGUGAGGGAGGAAGGAGUGUGCAUGAGCUGCAGAAGUUGAAGAAAAAAUUGGAGAUGGAAAAGGAAGAACUCCAGGUGGCGCUGGAAGAAGCUGAGUCUUCCCUGGAGGUUGAAGAGAGCAAGGUGAUUCGAAUUCAGUUGGAACUGGCUCAAGUUAAAGCUGACAUUGACCGGAGAAUCCAUGAGAAAGAAGAAGAAUUUGAGGCUACCAGAAAGAACCACCAGCGGGCAAUUGAGUCCUUGCAGGCCAGCCUGGAGGCAGAGGCCAAGGGCCGGGCAGAGGCACUUCGGCUCAAGAAGAAGAUGGAGACGGACCUGAAUGAGAUGGAAAUCCAACUGGACCACGCCAACAAGAACAACAGCGAACUUGUAAAGACACUGAAAAGGCUGCAACAGCAAAUCAAGGACUUGCAGGUCCAGAUGGACGAGGACGCCAGGCAGCACGAGGAGCUGCGGGAGCAGUACAACCUGCAGGAGCGGCGUCUGAGCCUGCUGCAGACAGAGCUGGAGGAGGUGCGCUCGGCCCUGGAGGGCAGCGAGCGUUCACGCAAGCUGCUGGAGCAGGAGGUGGUGGAGAUCACCGAGCGACACAACGAGAUCAAUAUCCAGAACCAGAGCCUCCUUGUGGUCAAACGCAAGCUAGAAUCAGAUGUCCAGCGCAUCUCCAACGAGCACGAGGAGCUCAUCAGUGAGUUCCGCUCAGCGGACGAGAGGGCCAAGAAGGCCAUGACGGAUGCUGCCCGCAUGGCAGAAGAACUCCGGCAAGAGCAGGACCACUGCAUGCACCUGGAGAAGAUCAAGAAGAACUAUGAGGUCACCAUCAAAGACCUGCAGGCCAAGAUGGAGGAGGCAGAGCAGCUGGCUCUGAAAGGCGGGAAGCGUACAAUCAUGAAGCUGGAGGCCAGGAUCAAGGAACUAGAGACAGAGCUGGAUGGGGAGCAGAAACAGCAUGUGGAGACGGUCAAGACGCUGCGUAAGAACGAGCGUCGCCUCAAAGAGCUGGUCUUCCAGACAGAGGAGGACCACAAGACCAACCAGCGCAUGCAAGAGCUGGUGGAGAAGCUACAGAACAAGCUGAAGGUCUACAAAAGGCAGAUCGAGGAGGCGGAGGACCAGGCCAACCAGACCCUGGCUCGAUAUAGGAAGACGGUGCAUGAGCUGGAUGAUGCCGAGGAGCGGGCCGGCAUAGCAGAGACUGCCCUAAACAAGCUGCGCACCAGACACCGCGUGGCCGGCAAGGGCAUCACCUCCGUGGAGAUCAUCCAGGUGUCCAAGACAGGCACCUCAAAAACCCUUUCUGAGGAGUGAGGCCCUCCGUUUCCUAGGCCACAGCCGGGUAAUACAGAUCUCAACUACGGUCCAUUGAGAGGGAGAAAAUAUGAAAAUGGAAAACUGGGUCUGUCCUGAGAAUGCUUACUAUGCAAAAGAAAGUGCAAGCCAGAAAGAGACAGGUGGUGAAGAAUAAAGAGUUCUAUGGUGGAAAAUGAGCUUGGGAAUGUAAAUACCCAGUCAUUAGACGAAUUAAAAUGAGUGAGGCUUCUCUGGGACUGCAGUGAGCAUUUGGAUGAUAGUAAUGAUGGAUCUGUUUUCAUUAAGUUCCUACAUGUUCAUGUCAAGGGCGGAAUAUGUAAUGUCUGUGACCCGGCUGUUCUCUACAAAGAAUUUCUCAUGUUGACAAUGUUUAAUGUCCCCAUAUAGCUUAAAUAAAAGAAACAUAAAAA